CUCUGAUUUUCGAGAACAGAAUCAAGGGAUAUCGACAGAAAGUUUCUAGUUUUCAAAGCUUGGAUUGCUCCUGCCUAUCCUUGCAAGGUUUAGAGGGCUUUCACGAUGUCAAUCGGUAUCCCAGUGAAGCUCCUUCACGAGGCCGUGGGCCAUAUCAUCACCUGCGAGACAAUGUCGGGUGAGGUGUACCGUGGCAAGCUACUGGAUGCUGAGGACAAUAUGAAUAUCCAGAUGCACAGCAUUACGAUGACUGCCCGCAACGGCCAGGUCACACAACUGGAGCAGGUGUUCCUCCGCGGCAGCAAGAUCCGCUUCUUUAUCUUGCCCGACAUGCUUAAGAAUGCGCCUAUGUUCAAGCGCCAGCAGAAGGGCGCAACGUCGUCCGUUGGCAGAGGAAAGUCAGCCAUUCUCAGAGCGCAAGCUGCUGCGGCGAGACAGCGCGGGCGCAAUGCCAUCGAGGAGAAAAAGAGAGCCGGCAUCUACCCAAGACGCCGGUGAUUCUACUCCUCUGCGUUCGUGUGUGUGUGCGUGUGCGUGUGUGUUCAGUAUGUUCCAUUCACGGCAUUGGCUGGCGGUUGUCCUGUGGCUUCUCCCGCCCCCAGCAAUCCCAGUCUCUUCUACUUCCUUCUUUCUUUCUGUUGGCUUUUUUAUAUGCCUCGCAUUUGCCCCCUUGGAUGUCUUGACAAACACAUACAUAGCGGUCGGAUUAGCGGGUGUACAAUGUCAUUCUGCCAUCAUCAUAAUCCUCUGUCGUUAAACUUCCUUUCCUUGCUUGUUUCUCUGGCCUGGUCUUGUUCGCAUCGUCAUUGUCCAUAGUUGUCCAUUUUCUGGUUUGUUCGAAUACGUGUUAGACUGCUUUUUUUGCACAUAAUGAAUUUUAUGCAUUCUUCUCGUUAUUGUGGUAUGCAAUGGUGAUGGUCACUGCUGGUGUUUGGUGACGUACAA